AUUGACUGGGCUAUUAGCUUGGAGUAAAAAUCCAAUUCUACUCCUAAUAGCCAAUCCUUAAAACUUUUCUUAAAAGCAUGUAGGGUCCCGCAAUUUUUUAAAUAGAUAGGCAUUUUAUUAUAAAGCUUAACACCCAAGUAUAAUGCAUGAUGAUGGGCAUGAGAAGUACUCGUUUUAGGAAUUAUUAACGUCUUUUGGUUGCUUCUAGUAUAAUGUUCAUGGGCAAGCACUUUAUAUGUAUCUUUGUGCUCAAAAGUAAGAGUAGCAAUCUUUUGCAGAUACAAUUGUCGAAUCGUUAAUAAUCCCGAUUCAGUGAACAGAAGAUUGGUAGGGUAGCGAUAGUCUUUACCCAUAAGUAUUUUAAUAAUCCGUUUCUGUAAAAUUUCUAAUUGAUGCAAAUAACAAUCUGCUAGAUAGGUUACAGGUACUGGUGGUAUCACGUUAUUAAUUUCACUGAAAUUUGCCUGUAAUGUAGAAACUCAUUCAUCGAUUGACGCGCCAAAACCAAUCCUGGCGCGUCCAAAUAAAAAUUUCAAUCUCAUCCUCGUACUGCGUGGGUCGCAGUAAUAUAUCAGGUAGAUCAAUGUACAAAGUAAUCGAAAAAAAAGAACGAUGAGAAACAGUAAGAAAACGAUGAGGGAGGUUAAACUUGAGGGUUGAGUAUUGAGUGAAAGUAAAACCCUAAAAAAAUAUAUAUAUUAAGUCCAAAUAAAUUCAAUAAUAUUGGAGAUCAAAGUGGUGUUUUACCGGUGACAUCUGUCUAUGAUUCACAUGGUAUCUAAUUAUUGAAUUACCACCUUUGACUACAAACCGCGCCAGAACAGUUUCAAUGGAUGUGGUCUUGCAGCGUCAUUGCGCGAAAUAUAUUUAUGCAAUUCCGGAUGGUCUACGAGAACUAAUGAGUGACAUAUCGAGAGAAGUGUUGAGAAGCCAACCAGAAGAUAUGUAUACUUUUAUAGCCGACUAUCUAGAUGCGUUGAUGAUAACGCGAGAAAAUGCGCGAGUUGCUGCAAAAACUGUGGAAAACAUUACAGCAAUAGGGAUUACUGUUGUAGAGUUAUUGCAGGAAACUGGAAUGUCGAGGGAGGAAGUGGAUAAUCUAUCACUAACCGUUCAAACAGCAUUUAAAAGGUAUGUGACUGAGCAAGAAGAACAUAGAUUGGAAACUGACUACGGUAAGGUGGAAAUUCGAUACCGACUUUACCUUGUCAAUAAUCCAUAUCCAUUAGAAAUCAUCCAAGAAACGGAUUUGGUUACCGAAAUAAUAGAAGAAGCAAAAGUUCGAGUGGAGGAUACUGAUGCUGCAGCUGCUAUUAUACAAAAAGCUUACCGCAUGUUUAAGCGAAGCCAGGAGCAAGCCAAAGAUUUACUUUCCGGGAUGGUCGAUUGGAGAAUUGCGGCACGAAGUACUAUUAGAUUGUAUCGAAAAACAGACGUGUCGUAUGAAGAUGCAAAUAGAGCGGCAACAUUAAUCAAAGCAGCUUAUAAAGGGUAUUACACUCGACGGACUAUGAAUCGUCUGUUAGCCAAAGGAAAAGAAAUAAUUGAUUUCCCCGAAGAGGAACAUGGCUCAGAAAACGAGUUGACCACGCUUGAAGAAGAAGAGGAAGAAGGAGAAGAAGCGAAAGAAGAAGUUGAAGGAGAAGGAGAAGGGGGUGAGCACAUUUCUGGUUUUAGCGGAGUUCCCACAGGCAAUGCAGAUUCGAGAACUGAAGAAGAGGAUGAAGAGCAAAUAUCUCCCGACCAGUUUUCCAGUGAAGUCACGGCAGAAAUUCCUUCCGUGGAAACUGAAAUUUCACAGUCGACGGGGGUUGAUACGGAAAAUGAUGAAAGUGAAUUAACCGAUGCAGAAACAGAAGUUGUCUCCAGUAAUUUCAUAGAGGAGGUCUAUGAAUCAGAUGCUGAUGAAUACGCUGGAUGAUCUUAUAGCCUGAAUAUAAUUAAAUUUUUCUACAUUGUACAACUAUGGGGAUCUUAUACACAUACUACUACAAAAGUACCACAUUAAAUAUGUAUAUUGUG